AUGAGCUCUUCACGCUAUACUGACUCAGCUCUGCGAGAAUACCUUCUGAGGCAUUCACUUCCUCAGAUUUUCAAGGCACUGCUGACUGGUUUAUGUGUCUCCUGUCCUGAAAGUCCCUUACACUUUCUUGAGGAAAAAAUAUUGGCUAUUCAAGAGAAUCGGGACACUGAGAUUGAGUGGUAUGCAUGUAUUGAUGACUUUGACAAGGGUUGGAAAAGUUACCUUUGGAACAUACGGGCAGAGGAAGCCAGGAUGUUACGCAGAAUGGAAGCAGCUUGGAACCAUCAUGUACAAAGGGAGAGGAGCAUUGCCCUGAGGAAGUGGAGAAAGUGGCUGAAGAUUCGUAAGCAGAGGAAGAAUGAUGCUGUGAAGAAGAUUCAGAAAGUCUGGAAUGCUGUCCUUUGUAAAACCAUCAUUGGUGCAUGGCGCUAUGUUGUCCAGGAUGCUAAACGAAUAAGAGAAUAUUUUGAGAUCUUUCAUUGUUUGGGCAUCAGAGACCUGUUCAGGUGUGCUCAGGUGUGUCGAACGUGGAAGGCCAUUGCCCGCACCAGCUCUCUCUGGGCCCAGAUCAACUUCUGUGCCGAGAGGCACUGGAUUGCAGACCAGACAGUAGAGAGGAUACUGGGAGCAUACAGUGUGUUUGUGACUCACCUUAACAUGCGUGGCUGUGUCUCUCUGCGUUCGUCCAGUUUUAGAUGCAUCAGUAAGCUCCUCUUCCAUUGGCAGGUGUGUUUUAGGCAACUAACAACAAUUUUGUUUUCCAAAGAUUAUUGCAGUAAUCUACAGGAUCUCAAUGUUAGUGAAUGCAUCAGUAUCAAUGACCAAACCAUGCAUGUUAUUUUAGAGGCCUGCCGAUCUCUUCUUCAUCUUGACUUGUCAUACACCUCUAUCACCAAUGCCACACUAAUGACUCUGUCAAGGUGCUGUGAAGUUCUCCAGUCUCUCAGUCUGGCAUACUGUAGGAGCUUCACUGAUAAAGGAUUAAUGUUUCUAGCCACGGGAAAGCACUGCCACAAACUCAACCAUCUGGACCUCUCUGGCUGCCUUCAGAUAACGGUGGAUGGGUUCAGAUACGUGGCUGAGGGGUGUAGCCUGCUGCGGCAGAUUGUGUUUGAUGACAUGCCUACACUGUCUGACGGCUGUAUAAAGCAACUGAUAUCUAAAUGUCACUCGCUGGAGAUGAUCUCAUUCGUGGACUCCAACCACCUCUCAGACACUGCCUUCCUGGCCAUUACCAAGGUUUCCCGUCUCAGAACACUCAAAACAGAAGGUAAUCGGCGUAUGACAGAUGUCAGCUGGAGGGCUUUGUGUAAAAGCUCACCUAAACUCCAACUGAUUCAUGCCGUUGACUGCCCGGGCUUGACCGACACGGCCAUGAAGUUUAUAGGUGCCCUUAAACACUUGACAUACUUCGACAUCUCUGACUGCAUCAGAGUCAGUGAUCACGGCCUGCGCAACUUGGCUAAGGGACCGUCUGCAUCUAAACUGUGUUACCUCAAUCUGACUAACUGCUGUAACAUUAAUGACCUAUCCAUCCUAUGGCUGGCUCAGAGAUGUGUGAAGCUGAGGCACCUAAGCCUUUGUUACUGUGAGAGCCUCACUGACAACGGCAUGGAGUGGCUAGGCGGGUGCCCCUCCCUCGUCUCACUGGACGUCACCGGCUGCUGCGUUCAGGACCGAGGUCUGUCAGCCCUAGGAGCUAUUGACACACUGAGGAAACUGACUGUAUCUGAGUGUGUCUGGAUUACAGACAUAGGAAUUGAGAAGUUUUGCAAGCAGGCGAGGUGUCUGGAGCACCUGGACGUGUGUCACUGUGUGAAACUGUCUGAUCAGUCCAUCAAAACCUUGUCCUUCUACUGCAGGACCAUCUUCACACUGAAAAUAGCCGGCUGUCCUAGAAUGACCAAUAAGGCAGUGAAGUACCUGUCAGGGGUGGGGCACUACCUGAAAGAGCUGGACGUGAGCGGUUGCGUUCACCUGACCAACCGCACGGUCAGCUUCCUGCUCCGUGGCUGCCCCCAGCUCAGAUCCAUCAGCAUGCUUUACUGCUCAAACAUCUCCAGAGAGGCUGCUCUUCAGCUCCGGCCCUGCGUUCAGGACUGGGAACACAGCACAGACGACGUGCCGGACUGGUACGGCUACGACUGCAAUGGAAAACUGUUUCGCCCCGUCCCCAGCCCAGAUCGACUGACGGAGCGACGGGAAGAGGAGAAAGCACUUGCGAAUAGUGGUAAACCUCCAGAUGGCGUCCCACAUGAAAUGCCAAACAAAGACUAA